ACUCGAGUCGAAGACUGGGGGGAUAUUUUUUGGAAAAUGUAGAAAUCCGGGAUCGCGGAAAGACGAUUGUUUAUCGAUACUUUCAAGCAGUAUGUUGGUCACAUCUGUAACUUCUCGUAAUUUAUAGGAUGUCUUCAUUUACGCGAUGCUUGUAGAUCGAGGUCUCGAGGGGGACGAUUUAUCAUUACAAAAUGUUAAAAUAGAAGCAGAUGGUUCAGAUUACAGUUUUCGUAAUACGUAUUUUAAAAAAGAACAAUAUUGCUGUAUCGUUUAAUAACCGCGGAUUCUUCGACAACAGCAAACAAGAUAAUAGAGAUUAGUUAUCGAUAAAAAGAAAUAUCUGACAACAAAACAUCAUCUUCGAACGUUAAAGUGUCUUAUCCGAUUUCUCCGACAAUUUUUCAAAUCGAAAUGAUAAAUCGUUCGAGCCCUGCUGCAAGAUGCGAUGCGACCUUUUGCAUAAUCUUUCUUUUAAUUUUCAACGUCAGAUGCCUGAACUUAAGCCUGAAGAGCAGGACUUUUGUUAUUUAAAAUAUUAUUUGAUAAGUAAAUUGUAAUUGUCUCUUAAUGGCGCACGGAGAGAAUUUUCUCAUCAAAUUUCUCCUGAAAAUCAUGUUGAUCGUGGGACAACAUGGUAUUUUGAAGAACUACGAGUUUUUUUAUCUUACCAUGCAUUUUACUAUAGUAAAAUCUCAGAAAACCAUGAAGUUCUUGCCACGUUGUCCCACGAUUACAUGAAUUUCAGGGUAAAUUUUAAAGGAAAAUUCUCUCCGUGCGGUUAGUGACUAAAAAAGACGUUAUUCGUCACUCAAAACUACGAGGGAGAAAGAGAGCCUCGAAAUUGACGAAGGAAUCCGCAAGCGGGUCGAAGGAGAAGCGACGGGGCACCCGGUAUAACUUUAGUCCCCUUUUUUUUCUUUUGCGUAGUAGCUUUACAUAUUUGCUUCACGACUUGCCUUCUCGCCUGCUCUUCGCUCUUCCUAGCCGGUUGCAGUGACGCGCGCACGGCGCGAAGUGUAAACAUAAAGGCGAUAAGUUAUCCUUCUAUCAUUCGCUAAAAACGCACUCUAAGAUGAAAGACGUGAUCGAUGUUCUCGCGAUGCAGCGCGAGAAAAGAAAUGCGUUACAAAAGAGUAUUACGAUUGACUAUACCAAGUCCAGCGACAGUUUUACGGUCUCUCGAUUUAUCUUUGAGUGUGGUUUGAAACUGGAGGCUCACCCGUUGACAAUAGCAACCGCUGCGACAUUGUAUCACAGAUUUAUUAAAGAGGCAACACCGCAGGGAUACGAUAAUUACCUGUUAGCUGCGACCUGUCUCUACCUGGCUGGUAAAGUGAAGGACGACACGCUGAAGAUAAGAGACGUAAUGAAUGUGUCUUACAAUACGCUCCACAGAGGCUCCCAGCCGCUCGAUCUCGGGGAUCAGUACUGGAGUAUGAGGGACGCGAUCGUUCAGGCAGAACUCCUGAUCAUGAGGAUGCUCAAGUUCCAAGUCACGCCUGUGCAUCCGCACAAGUACUUGCUUCAUUAUCUGCGAUCUUUGCAAGCUUGGUUCGGCGAAGAGGAGUGGUCCAAGUAUCCGGUCGCCAAAACUAGCAUGGCGUUGCUGCAAGACUUUCAUCAUUCCCCGGCUAUCCUCGACUUCUCGCCAAAUUUGAUAGCGAUAGCUUGCAUCAAUGUGUCGCUGCAAAUUUAUGGCGUUGUCGUACCUCUGAUGGACGAGUGCGAUCAACAGCCCUGGUUCAAUGUUUUCUGCAAAGAUUUAACGAGAGACAAGUUGUGGGAGAUUAUGGAAAAAAUCAUGGGAGCGUACGACGAGGAGCCCGAAACAAGAGACAACUAAUAAGCGCGUAUCUGUAUCUAUUGCAAUAAUAAAGCAUUUUCCAUACAUUAGGAA